AUGAGGUACGCGUUCCUUUUAUUCCUCGCGACAGCAGACAGCGUUCGAAAUUAUGUUCUUUCCGAAGGCAAAGAUACGAAAGUCACGACGGUAUUACUAGAGGCCAGGAAUUCCGAUAGCAAAUUGGAUUAUGAAAAGCAGGUAUCUGCGGAUAAGCGCGGGAUUUACCUGGAAGACGUGCUGUAUGCAUUGAACAAUCAGAACUGGACUGUAGAGGAGCAACCAUGUUUGAACCAAACGCUGCGGAUGCUAAAGAACUUGCAGAAUUUCACUUUGUGGGCGGUUUGGCAAUGGGAUUCAAUAUCUUCGGAACCACAAGCUCUUCUUUACGGCAACCGUUACCACCUGGGUAAUUUCGACCAAUGCAUUGAAGCGCCUUGGUCCGGAAGCCAUCCUGAUCUGAGGAACCAGUACUGCCUCGCGGACAUAGUUCUAGAAAGAUCGGACAAAGUUUCUAGAAAGAGAUUAAGCGAACCCAACAACCCAUACCAGUCUGCAUUGGAUCGUCUUGAGCACCGCUCCUACUUUCUGAGGCCGCUCAACUAUAUCACUUGGGGCCUGUGCGUGCCGAACUCCUGCCAACCGCGCUCGGUUCAGCGUUUGCUGGGCAUACUGCUCGCCCACAGCCACCUGGGCGCGGCCGGAUUACGAGCUCGCAUUGCAGUCAAUGAGCCAUGCCAGGGCGCCGACCAUCAAAGGCAGUACGACGCGUUUUUUUACUCAUUCAUCGUCUUCAUGGCAAUCUCCAUUGGGACUGUUUUAAUCUGCACAUACAUCAGGCUCAAGCGGAAGACUUCCGCCGCAUAUUCAUUCAAUGACGCAUUUCUCAAAGCGCUUUGCAUAAAAAAUAACUGGAAUGAUAUAAAGAAGAUGAACAAAAACGGGCUCGAAGCUAUGUACGGAUUGAGGUUCUUGAGCAUUUGUUUUAUAACAUUGGACCAUCAACUGGGGAUAUCCAACGGUGGUCCAACUAGCAACGGAGCUCAAGUAGAUAAGGCCGCAGUUUCCCUCUUGGGUAUGUUCAUACUCCACAACGAUCUAUUCGUGGACACCUUCUUCGUUUUGUCAGGUUUCCUCUCAGCGAAAGCACUGUCUUCUUUCAAAAGGCUCCCGCAUCCAUUAGCUAUAAUCCUCAAAAGAUACGUAAGACUGGUAGUGGCGUUCGCUGUGGUGAUUUACUACGUGUGCGCCGUGUACCCGCUCACGGGCUCCGGCCCUCUGUGGGGCAGGGCCAUUGCCGGCGACACGGAGCAGUGCCGCAAAAACUGGUGGCUUAGCCUCCUCAUGCUGAGUAAUUACCUCGACACCGAGAACAUAUGUAUAGUCGUGACGUGGUACAUCCCCUGCGACUUCCAUUUCUUCGCGGUGACAAUGCUUUUGUACUGGUUAUAUAGAAGGCUGCCGAGGAUUGGGGUCAUCUGCGCAAUUCUAGUCUGUAUUGCGGCCAUUAUCACUCCAGGGGUGAUCAACUAUCUUUACCAACUUCCUCCAAUACAACUGUUCACUUACGAUUUUAUUACCAAUCCUCGAAGACCCCUGCAAUUCCAUUUGACAUACAUCAAGAGCCAUACUCGUUAUGCCGCUUACCUCAUCGGCUUCAUCGCUGGCCUCCUUUACUCUCACCACAAAGCCAAGGGCACUAGAAUUUCCCAGAAAUACUCCGUGCUCGGCGCCUGUUUGGGGCUGGUGGUGAUGCUAACGUUAUUGCUCUACGGUGCUACGUUCCUGUGGCGAAGCUACGGUGUCGUAGGUGACGUGGUCUACGCGGCUAUAGACCGCCCAAUUUGGGCCGUCAGCGUAGCCUUUCUUAUUAUCUGCUGUUCGCUAGGGCAUGUGCCCCUGUUGAAAAGCUUCCUCAGUUGGUACCCCUGGGCACCUCUCAGCCGCCUUAGUUACGGCUUGUACCUGACCCAUUCAAUCAUCAUCGCCCGCAAUAUCUACAGCACCAGAGUCUCCCGGUACUCCGAUAUUUCCAACAACUUUAUCCAGGCAGCUGGCGUUAUAGUUUGCGGUUGCGCGGCAUCUCUUAUCAUUCUUCUCGUAUUCGAGCUUCCAUUAAACAAUUUGCUUAGUUUAGGAUUAAGACAAAAACAACGAAACUCGAAAAUAGAGGCCGAUCAGGGUGAAGCUACCAGCUAUAAGGUGGACACUGAAGUAAACAGAAGACGCUACAUGCAAGAAAAUCUGCCGUCUCCGGAGAACAUGAUAUCCAAAUUU